CAUGUUGAAAUACCAGUGAAGUGUAAAUUUUCAAACAACGCUGCCAACUGUGAGAAUAUCUCUUGUAACGCUGAAGACAGAGGCGUGAAGACAGGCGAGUGAAAUUCGUAAAUUAAUUGGUUUCUGUGGUGUUGUGAAUAUCAGGUGAAGCAGAUUGAGACAGUACUUAGAUCGAGCUGCAGACGUAGGCUUUCAGUGCACCAUGGUAUAGAGACACGGGAUAACACCUGGUUUAAGCGGACUGUUGUUUACGGAAUCGUUCGUUCAGGCAAGAGGAAUCUACCCUCCAUUGAUCUUCACGGACAGAGACCGCUGACCACAACGAAAAUUAACUUAAGUUUACUUUACCUCCAGAAUAACACACCCGAGACUCGAUUUAAAAAUAAGCUUAAAUGUGCAAGAACAUCUACGAACUGUGAUUUAUAUUACACGAAAUGCAUUUGUAGUAAGAUCAUAUGUCAUAUCGUGGAAGACAACAUGGACCAUGACAACAAUGGUCGUGUGGACACCUGUAUUUCUACUGUCUCUCGCCGGAUCUCUCCUCUGUUUGCCGCUGCGCCCUUCCGACCUUGGUAGCAGACAUGGCCAUAUCAUUCACUAUCACCGCGACAAGCACUCGCAGCGGGCCCAUCGGCACAUCCACUAUCAUCCGCCCGUUAAGAGGUCACACCAGACGGACUCCUUGAAUACCUUUCUUCGCGCUGGCGGGACGAGCACAAACCUGGACGCCAUAUAUGAGGUCCCAAGUAACAGGCAGUUUAGGAGAGAGCAGACAGUUGGUAUGAGGGAGUUGGACGUAAAAAUCCGAUCACUUGCAAAUAGCGGUGUUGAUGGGAGGCUUGAUCAUCAGUCACCCGCAAAAGCGAAGGCCUUAACUGGAUCAAGUAUUACCCUGCAUGGACAGACAAGUCAUCAGCCAAUCGUCCCUUUUAAAACAAAAAUUGUGCGACAUCCAUCUUUUCAUGAUGUUCAUAGAAACUAUCCUGUGACCACUGAUGCAAAUAGUAGGAUUGGAAAUGUACAGUUUUUGAAUAAGCGGAGAAAACAAAAGUUGUUAUAUAACAAAGAAAUCGCGAAUGACAACUAUGAAAAGGGGGUAAACAAGACAAACACAAACACGGUUGUACACAAAAAUACAGAACGGUUAAAUACUGCAAAAAACAAUCAUUCAGGUAAUGUAAAUUCAUUAGUGAUGGGUAUGUUCCAUCAAUAUCAAGCGAAUGAAUAUGAAUUACAGAAUAAAACUUUGAAACAACCAAUACAUAGAGAUGUAUCAAUUAAUACAGAAGUUCCUGGUACAAGUGAAAAUUAUCAGCACUCGACAGCUCAUUCUAAACCAAUAACGAAACGAAGAGUACAAGACGAAGAACCAAAAACACACAAAACUCUUAUUGAUAACGUUUUGAAAAUACAAAUAGGAGACACAACAACUUUACCUUCUGUUCCUUAUUAUGGUAAGCCUGUCAUGAGCGUUUCCGUUACACAAGCCAGUCAAAAACCAAUGACCACAGAGAGGACUGGUGUAAUCUUAGAUACAAAAACAACUGUUGGGCCAACUCCACAACAAAUAUCUGCAAAAGAUUUUAUUCAUUUAAAAGGUAUACACAUAGCUUUUUCAAACGGGCAACAAAACAAAAGUAAAACGAUUCCAACAAUUCAUCUCACAGCUUCUCUUUCACCUCCUGGUAAACCCAGCAAAGCCAGCACAAGUAUUCAAUCAGCCGGUGUCGAUAAAAUUGUUGGAACAGCUAUGAUAAAGAACGGACAUCUAUACCUUGUUGUAUACCCGUUAAGAGAUAAUAACUCAAUAGAUAUGAUGUUUCUGAAUGAUUCGAGUAAAGUUCAGCUUCCACAUAACAAACCAUCAUCGUACACAAAAGAUCCUGCUAUCGAAUCAACAACAUUAUUCCCCAGUACGACAAUUACGACAGCAAGAGAAUUUACAAGCGCCACUGAAACAACAACUGUAUUGACCACAAGUAUGGAACUUACUUCAACAACGUCUGAAGAUCUCAUUGCAGAUACUACUACAGCUGAAACGCUUGAAACAACUAUCGAUCCGCUAGAAGCAUUUGUGAGUGAUUUUCUUCUUAACGAUUUCUUGUUUGAUACAAGUACCGUUUCGGAACAUAACCAUAAACCAAAAGUGCGAAAUGGUACUUUGGAGAUAAAGCAUGUUGAACGUUUCUUUUCACCAUGGCGAGAUGUAAAUCUAACAGAGGUGGUACCGUUUCCUAUUAGCAAGAAUAACGAAAGUACAAAGGUAAAAAAUGAUGAUGAAACAGACUUAGAAAUAUUUAACUUCAUAGCAAAUGCGACUGAUCCAUUUGAUAAAGUUAAAGCAGUUUUAGAAAAGAUUAAAAACAGUAGUGUUAUUAAUAGUUCCACAGAAGUCAUGAAUGAUACUAACGCUGAAGCAGCGUUUAACUUCGAACUUAAAGUGCAGCGUAAUGUUGUUCACAGCACGUUGGAUCCCAAACGUUACACAACUCAAUCUGUGAGUGAAAAUUCCGAAGAAAUAGUAGAAACAACGAUCAAACCGACAACAGAAUUAAUAAAAUUGCUCAUCCAUAAAAAGCCGUCAGCCCGCGAAAAAUCGAAAAUGGAGUCUGUAACAGGUAGUUUAUUGGAGAAAAACUUGAAAGAUAACGACACGACGCAGGGAACAUCAGAGCCUAGUCUGUCGAAAGAAGAAAUGCGAACUACAACGCCAGUCUUAACCAAUGUUAUGGAGACAUCAACUCCUAGUCCGAAUAAAAAAUCACAAUUUACCGAUUCAAUAUUGUUUCCAGCUACAAGUAGUACAGAAAAUGUCUAUUUGUUCGGAAGUACAUAUGGAACUCAAUCGACAACAAAUACUUUAUUCGAUUCAUUUAACAAGCAUCAGCCAACGACCUUAGCUACAGGAGCCACUGUCUCAACAACAACUGUUGCCCCUCAGAUAACUCCACCGUCUUUCAAUUUAUUGUCUGCCAUUAACCCAAGGCAUUGGACAGAUACAGGGGAAAAUGCUGUACAAGGUGGGUCACCGCAAGAAGUGAAGUCCCUGUCUGAUAUAUUAAAUGAUAUCCGCAGGAUACAACUACAUAAUAUGGCAAGAUUUAAUGCACAGAAUAAUAACUUCGAUACUAUGUUAGCAAGGCAGUCUCCUAGGCAAUCUGACAUGAGGCCGUCUCAAAGAGCCGGUGUCAUGCUUGAUGGACCAGUGUAUCCAGAUACAUCAGCUCGACGCUUUGCAUCCCAAAACAACAACAUUCAUAAUAGACAACAUAUUAAUAUCCACGAACAGACCGCUAUAAACAAUGCAUUAGAUGCUAUGUUGGUACUCUCUGUUGAUGAAUUUUUAGCAGAUCACACAAACCUGCAUGGAGCGCUUAUACUUGCGUCUAGGGCUUCGUCUAAUAACCAACAGGAGUGAAUCUAGACAGUAGGAUGGUUCCCGGCUCAUUCUUUAUCACUGUUUCAACCCAUGGGUGUGUCCAUGACAGCUCGUCGUGUUCGGAGAAACUGCUGUCUGACAUACUGCUAGCCCUCCUCCGUGUUCCCAUCUGUGGGAUAUUAAGCUGAUCUCUACGUCAACGGCUCUCUUGUACCCGCGGCAGUGUGUUUGAGUUUGUCCUUGUGCAAUAUUUGUGUCCAGGUUGUAAAUGGCAUAACUUGUUUGUUUUCUUUUGUAAUAUCUAGCAAUAGAUCGUUGUACAGUUGAAGUGAAAGGAGCACACUUUGUACUGAUACUUGUAUAACAUAUCAAGUUGCAAUAUCAGGAAAAUAAAAGAUGAA